GCCGUGACGUCCGGAGCGUUCAGCGUGAUACACAGGAAGUAAACUCGAGCCAGCCAGACAAGCGGGUUGUAAUUCGCUAGUUCACGAAGUAUUGUGAUCGCGAAACUGUUCAUAUAAUUUGGAAUUGAAGUAUAUAACUUAAUCAACAUGCUGAUCAAAGUAAAGACUCUCACUGGAAAAGAAAUAGAGAUCGACAUUGAGCCCACAGACAAGGUGGAGAGAAUUAAAGAAAGGGUAGAGGAGAAGGAAGGGAUCCCCCCGCAGCAACAGAGACUUAUCUACAGUGGAAAACAGAUGAACGAUGAGAAGACGGCGGCAGACUACAAGAUCCAGGGCGGCUCAGUGCUCCAUCUCGUGCUGGCGCUAAGAGGAGGGUCGGCGGUCCACAGUCCCGGCUGCAUACACCCAUCCUCCUCGUCAUGAGCCGCUGUUGUCACGGGGCCAGCCGAGGGCCAACAGUCGAGGUGUCCGUCUUAAACUGUGCUACGGCACAGAGAUUUGAAAUCCCACGUUCCCUGGCCGACGCAAACAAAUAAUCAAAAGAAGAAGAAGAAAAAACAACAACAAAAGACGUUCUAAUCUCACUGAAAAUGUUUUUUGUCAACCCACAUUGGCUUUCUGAGUUUGACCCAUUGAUGCAGGCACCCAUGCAGUACAAGAGACAGUGUGAGAACCCUGUGGUCUUUUUGCUUGUGAAUAAAUGUUGAAGUUAA